GGAACGGAAAACACCACGGAGCGAUGCUUUCACACGCAAAGUUGUAACCUACAGGAGACGUCCUUCUUCGAGAACCUAGAGGCCGGGAAGGACCGCGGGAAAGGGAAGCCAGCCUGGGAUGCAGCACGCAGAAGGCGGAUGUGUCUCCUCUGGACUGGGAGGCGGCGUCGCGGGAGGUACCGGCCCAGGGCCCCAGUAGGGGGCGCCGACGCGCCGCACUGCAGCAUCUUGGCGGCAGAGCGGCGGCCCCGGCCGGUCUGAGCUCGCGUCCUGCCGCAGUCCCUCGGCCGCUAGUCUGGGCGAGCGCGAGCGCAGAGACCCCCACCGGCCCGUCAGCACUUGCAGUCGCCGCCGCCGCCGCGGCUCCCACUGGCGAUCGCAGCCGCGGAAACGCGAGCCUCAGGCUGGGCUGCGCAGCGUGGGAGGGCUUCGCGGGGACCGAUUCCGAACUUGCAGGGGACCGCGGCUCUCCCGGGCCUGGAGAGUGUGAACAGGAUUGCAGAUUUACAAUGAUAUGGUGAAUCCAAAGGCGGGAACCGAAAAGAUUUUCUCAGCUCUUUAGUUGGAACGACAGUGAAUUAUCUACCAACACCCAGCAUGGCUAAAAGUGCAGAGGUCAAACUGGCAAUAUUUGGGAGAGCAGGUGUGGGCAAGUCAGCUCUUGUAGUGAGAUUCCUGACCAAGCGCUUCAUCUGGGAAUAUGAUCCCACUCUUGAAUCAACCUACCGACACCAAGCAAACAUUGAUGAUGAAGUUGUUACCAUGGAGAUACUAGAUACUGCUGGUCAGGAAGACACCAUUCAGAGGGAAGGACACAUGCGUUGGGGAGAAGGCUUUGUGCUGGUUUAUGACAUUACUGACCGAGGAAGUUUUGAGGAAGUGCUGCCACUUAAGAACAUCCUGGAUGAGGUCAAGAAGCCCAAGAAUGUGACACUCAUCUUGGUUGGAAACAAAGCUGACUUGGACCACUCCAGACAGGUUAGUACAGAAGAAGGGGAGAAGCUGGCCACCGAACUGGCAUGUGCUUUUUAUGAGUGUUCUGCCUGCACUGGAGAAGGGAACAUCACCGAGAUAUUCUAUGAGCUGUGUCGAGAGGUGCGUCGCAGGAGGAUGGUCCAGGGCAAGACGAGGCGACGCAGCUCCACCACGCAUGUCAAGCAAGCCAUUAACAAGAUGCUCACCAAAAUCAGUAGUUAAGGCAGCACUGUUCUUGCAAAGCCCCUACGGAGGUGAGUGAGGUUAUUGGAAACACUUUCUUGCCCUCUUCCCCCCACCCCUUUUCCCAAAAAAUAAAAGAAAAUACUGCAUUCCUUGUGCUGACUCUGGGAAAUGCCUGGGCUUCCCAUUGUUCCCGGGCUUCCUGGAUGUUGAGAAGUCAUAGGGUGUUUUAUGCAAUUUUAGUGCUGACAAUGUCUCCCUUUCCUGCUUGAAUAAGAUACACUCUAUUGCAGUUUGAACCUGUAAUCACCAGAGAUUCUGAAAUGGCUGGGCUCAUAUUACACUAUUUUUAGGCAUCUUCACCUUGCUUCAAUAGGUUGGAAGCUUUCAAAGGCAUUUUUAAAUUCCAUUCUUUGUCAAAGACUGCAAAUGAUCAUCUUAAACGUCUAAGGUAAUGGAAGAUCCAGUAAAAACCCAGGAAGAGUAGCUGAGGCAGUGGAGCAGGGAAUAGAGCCCUGGUUCCUUUUUGAAAAGAGGAUUUUCUGAAUGAUCUCCAAUUGUCUAGUUUUUCUUUAACCUUUAUUUUGUCCUUAAACCCAAACGUGUUCUCACAGUUUUCCACCGUAGUAGAGUUCCAUUUCAGUUUGAGCGGGCUCUCUCAAUGGGCCAUUGAUCAUCGUACUCUGAUUCUUCUUGUGUGGCUUCAGUAAGAUUUCAGCAUAAGAGAGGCAGAAUUGAUCUUCAGAGCCUGCUGGGCCAUUUCUCACAAAGCCCAGGGCAAUGUAAAGACUUUAGGAGUCUUUUCACCAAACCCUGACUUUAUUGAAUGCUACUAAAGGAUUUAGAUUAGAGAUGCCCCAUUCAUUUGUCUCUGCUUGUCAUCUUAGCAGAAAGACAACAGUCCAAAAAACAGGAAAAGUAAGAAUAAAGCUGAACCAACCUUCCAUUGGGGGAGCCAACGCUCUAAUGCCAGUAAGAAAAAUUAGCCUCUGAUUCAUUAAAUUGGGUACAUGACUUCUUCUAAUUUUUAGGAUAAGUUGAUUCACUUAGAAUUCAGAAAAGAAUGAGUGAUUGAAAUUCACUAUAUCUGAAUAAAUGUGUAUAAAACAGAUUCUUAUAUUGUGAAGUAAGGUCUAUAACUGAUAAAACUUUAUGACUCUUUUUUCCCUAUUAUGCCCCCAUAUAUCAAAAUUUGGGCACUUUAUUUUAGAAGAAAAUAUAUAUCUUUUACAUAUGUGUGUAUUUAUAAAUGCAUAAGUAUAUGUAUAAAAAUUUGUAAGAGUUGAAGGCUUUAAUUCACCAAUGCAUUUGGACAAUUUGGUGUAACUAUUUUAUGUGAUAUAAUAAAAAGCAUAAUUUUCA